AAAUCGAAAACGAGGCUGUUGACAACCCACAACAAAAAUGGCCGACCAAGAGCACGUGGAUGAUUCUGUUACCACUUUCAAAGAGCUUGGAAUUAAUUCGUGGCUGGUCGAUCAGUGUCAGGUGGUCGGGAUUUCCAGGCCGACUCCCAUACAAAUCAACUGCAUACCGGAAAUUCUGAAAGGAGAAGAUUGUCUUGCAAGUGCCAAGACCGGAAGUGGGAAAACGGCAGCUUUUGCACUUCCCAUCCUCCAACUUCUCUCUGAGGAUCCAUAUGGAAUAUUUGCUCUUAUUGUGACACCAACACGGGAGCUGGCUUAUCAGAUUGGAGAACAGUUUGAAGUGUUUGGCAAACCUAUUAAUGUUCGUGUUACAGUCAUCACUGGAGGCAUCAAUAUGAUCGAUCAGGGCUUGAAACUUACUGAUCUACCUCACAUAGUCGUUACAACACCAGGACGACUUGCUGACCAUUUGGAGAGCUGUGAUACAUUUAAUUUCAAUCAGCUGAGAUUUCUGGUUAUGGAUGAAGCUGAUCGUCUCCUGGAAGAUAACUUUGGUGAGCAACUGGAAACCAUCUUCAAUGUGCUACCAGAAAAACGGCAGACACUAUUGUUCAGUGCUACAUUCACCGAGUCAUUAUCUGGAGUUAUUGAACUAUCCAAGAAAAAACCAUUUGUCUGGCAUUCAGAAUCAAGUGUGGCAACUGUCGAACAAUUGAAUCAAACAUAUGUACUGACACCGGCUGAUAUGAAAGAUGCAUACAUGGUCCACAUCGUUGACCAGUACACAGAAGACCAUCCCACCAGUUCUGUCAUGAUAUUUACCAAUACAUGCAAAUAUUGUCAAAUAAUCGGAAUGAUUUUUAAUGAGAUAGGCAUUGACUGCGUGGUGCUUCAUUCAAUGAUGUCUCAGAGAAAUAGAUUGGCUGCCCUGGCCAAGUUCAAAUCUAGUCAAGUGCGCAUCAUCAUAGCAACAGACGUUGCCAGCAGAGGUCUUGAUAUUCCGAUGGUAGAUUUGAUAAUUAAUCACAACAUUCCAAACAAUCCCAAAAACUAUGUACAUCGUGUCGGCCGGACAGCUAGAGCAGGACGAGGAGGAACUUCUGUAUCUUUUGUCACCCAGUUUGAUGUGAAACUUAUCCAGGCUGUUGAGAGUUAUAUAAAUACUAAACUAAGCCUGUAUGAAGUCAAUGAAAAGGAAGUUACUAAAAUUCUUGUUGACGUUAUGAUGGCUAAAAGUGAAGCAGAAAUUGUGCUGGAUGAAAGAAAUUUUGGGGAAUAUAAAUGGAUACAUAAACGCAAACGAGCUAUCUUAGAAGGAGAGGAUCCAGAUCAAAGAGAAAAAGAAAGAAGAAAGAAAAGACGAGAGGAAAUGAAAAAAAGAAAAGAGGCUUUCCUCUCACGUUCUAAUAGGUUUCCUAAAGAGAAGGCUGCAGCAUCAACAGUAGGACAAACAACAAGAGAGAGCAACAAAAAGCCUGUGAAAGCAGAGCAAAGCUCCUCGAAGCAAACUCAGAAGCCAUUGACUAAAACACUGCAUCAGAAACAAACGAAGACUUCAAAAGGCAAGAAAAAGAAGAACAUUUAAAAAUCACAAAAGAAUCCCUGUACAUGGUGUGUGAA